ACAUUUUCACCUUAACCCACACCCCCUUCUUCUUCCUCUUCACACCUCUGUUUCUUUCUCGUUUUCCUCCAUUGAUUAGCUUCAUCUAUUUUUCCCUUCAAGAACCAGUUCAUCACUAGUGGUGUCUGUGACUUUGAUUAAGCUUUUUAUUUUCAUGCAAAAGUCUUGGGAAAGAAAUUGUGAACACAGACAGUGCUUAAAGUUACAAACUUUAAUGCUUUUAGAACAUACCCACAAAGAGCUUUCUUUGGUUUCAACUCUUUCUGGUUUUUGCUUCAAAGUUUUAGAUGAUAGCUAGCUCCUUCUGCAAUGCUGAUUCUAUGUUUUCUAUUGAAGAGGGGAUAGAUGUUAGAAAGAUGAUGGAACAUAAAAGGACCCUUUGCUCUGUUGAUCAAAGCAAUUAUAAUUCAAUUGCAUCUAAAAAGCAAAAGCCUGAUUUAUCGAUCACCACUAAGGAUAGAAAGGAAAAGAUUGGUGAACGAGUUGUUGCUCUACAGCAGCUUGUUUCUCCAUAUGGAAAGACAGAUACAUCUUCUGUUCUAAAGGAGGCGAUGGAAUACAUAGGGUUCCUUCAUAAACAAGUUAAGCUGCUUAGUGCCCCUUAUCUCGAAACUACACCAGCAACCCAGAUGCAGGAUUGUUUACCUUUGCAGGAUACAGAGUCAUGCAGCUUGAGGAGUAGAGGGUUAUGUCUUGUUCCUGUAUCAUUUACUAUUGGAGUUGCCGAGGGCAAUGGUGCAGACAUUUGGGCUCCAAUCAAGACCACUUCGCCCGGUUCUGAGAAUGAUGUUUCUCAAAGUCAGUGAUUAAUUUUGUCAGCUGAGUAGCCUUAAGGUAGCCAAGCUGCUAAACCAGUGUAUUAGCAUUAAAAUUUGUCAUCUAUUAUAGAUGGAAUCAUUAUCAUAAUACCUAAAAUAGUCAUAAGCUUUAAGAACUCUUCUAUGAAGAAGUUAUCCCAUUCCUUAAUAAUUUUAAACUGGUUAAGGGGAUAAGCUUUCAAGUACAUAUGGAUUCAGUUUUAUGUGCUGAUUUUUAAGUGUAUAUUGAAAAAUUCUACUUGUAUGAUGAAUGAUUCCAUGUACUGAUUAACCUAAUGAAAUUCAGUUCUUUAAUGCUU